AUCAUAUGUCCUUGCCUUUUGCAUCGUUGUACCCCGGAUCCACUUUGUGUUUAGUGCUAGCUAGACCGUCCGUAGAGCUACGUGACGUAUACGCGAUGGCGGAGGUGUCUGUCUCCGGAGCUGGCUCCGAUGUAAACACAGCUGUCAGUCUGACAGCGACAGCUAUGGCAUAUUUACAAGACGAGAUGAAGCCUGACGGAGAUGGCAUUUCUCCUCUCAAUCUGGGCGAUCUGGACUUGACUACGGACGAGUUCAUCUUGGACGAAGUUGACAUUCACAUCCAGGCCAAUCUGGAAGAUGACCUAGUGAAAGAAGCUCUGAAAACGGGAGUUGAUCUCAGGCAGUAUUCUAAACAAGUUCAAGCUGAACUUCAGCGAAUUGAACAGGCUUCCAUCAAAGACUAUAUAAAGGAGAGUCAAAAUAUUGCUUCUCUGCACAACCAGAUCACUGCCUGUGACUCUAUACUGGAGCGUAUGGAGGGCAUGCUGAGUGGUUUCCAGAGCGACCUGUCUUCCAUCAGCAGUGAGAUCCAGACGCUGCAGCAGCAGUCGGUCAGCAUGAACCUGCGUCUGAGGAACAGGCAGGCCGUCCGCAGCCACCUCAGCCAGCUGGUGGACGAGCUGGUGGUGCCUGGGGCCAUGAUCUCGAUCAUCCUGGAGACGCCGGUGACGGAGCAGGAGUUCCUGGAGCAGCUCCACGAGCUCAACAACAAGAUCAACUUCGCCAAGGAGCUCAGCUUCAGGGAGACUCUGGCCUGCUCUGACAUCCAGGACAUAGUGGACCGCCUGAAGAUCAAGGCUGUCACCAAGAUCCGAGAGUUCAUUCUGCAGAAGAUAUAUGCCUUUCGAAAGCCCAUGACCAACUACCAGAUACCCCAGAACACCCUUCUCAAGUACAGGUUCUUUUACCAGUUCCUCCUGGCCAAUGAGAGGACUGUUGCUAAGGAGAUCAGGGACGAGUACGUGGACACCAUGAGCAAGAUCUACUACAGCUACUUCAAGUCCUACAGCGGCAGGCUUCUCAAAGUACAGUAUGAAGAAGUAGCAGACAAAGAUGAUUUGAUGGGGGUGGAGGAUACAGCCAAGAAAGCAGGUUUCUUCUCCAAGCCGUCUCUGAAGAGCAGGAACACCAUCUUCACCCUCGGCCAGCGGGGGGCGGUGCUGAGCCCUGCCGAGCUGGAGGGACCCAUCCUCAUCCCUCACACCGCCCAGAGAGGAGACAGCAGGUACCCGUACGAGACGCUGUUCCGCAGCCAGCACUACGCCCUCCUGGACAACGGCUGCAGGGAGUUCCUCUUCCUGUCUGACUUCUUCAUGGUGACAGGAAACUCGGCCUUCGACCUGUUCAACAGCAUCAUGGGAAAGACCCUCAGCAUGUUCCUGAAGAGCAUGUCUACCUAUGUGUCAGACUGCUAUGACAGCAUAGCUGUGUUCCUGUGUAUCCACAUCAUCCUGCGCUUCAGAGCCAUCACCGUCAAGAGGAACAUCCCCGCCCUCGACAAGUACUGGGAGGCGGUUCUAGAGCUGCUGUGGCCCAGGUUUGAGCUCAUCCUGGAGAUGAACAUCCAGAGCAUCCGUAACACCGACCCCCAGAAACUAGGAGUACUGGACACCAGACCUCACUACAUCACGCGGAGGUACGCAGAGUUCUCCUCAGCAAUCGUCAGCAUCAACCAGACUUUUCCCAACGAGAGGACACACACACUGCUGGGACAGCUGCAGGUUGAGGUGGAGAACUUUGUCCUGAAGAUGGCAGCAGAGUUCCCCUCCCGGCGAGACCAGCUCAUCUUCCUCAUCAACAACUACGACAUGUUGCUCAGCGUGCUCAUGGAGCGAGCAGCGGAUGACAGUAAGGAAGUGGAGGGUUUUCAGCAGCUGCUACUAGCCAGAACACAGGAGUUCAUUGAGGAGAUCCUGUCGCCUCCCUUCGGAGGGAUGAUCGCUUUUGUGAAGGAGAGCGAGGCUCUGAUGGAGAAAGGCCAGCUGGACAGGCUGAAGAACGACGAAGCUCGUAUCACCCAGCUCAUCAGGGGUUUCUCCAGCACGUGGAAGCAGUCUGUGGAGGCUCUGAGCCAGGAGGUCAUGAGGUCCUUCACCAACUUCAAGAACGGCACCAGCAUCAUCCAGGGGGCGCUUACCCAGUUGAUCCAGUACUACCACGGCUUCCACAAGGUGCUGUCCCAACCCGCCUUCCGCAGCCUGGCGGCGCGCUCCGAGCUCAUCAACCUGCACCACCUCAUGGUGGAGGUGAAAAAGCACAAGCCCAACUUCUAACCUCGUAGCUUUUCAAAGCGUCUCGCUUCCGGAACUGUCCGGACAGAAGUUCUUUCAAACAGGGUCUGGGCUGUUCUCUCUGGAGUGUAAAGUCUGUUUGUGGGGCCGGGUUAGGAAAUGGAGAAUCCUCUCAUUCAGUUGGGUCUGGGUGGGUCGAGAUCCAGACCCUCUCGUGUGGGUUGAGAUCCAGACCCUCUCGUGUGGGUCGAGAUCCAGACCCUCUCGUGUGGGUUGAGAUCCAGACCCUCUCGUGUGGGUUGAGAUCCAGACCCUCUCGUGUGGGUUGAGAUCCAGACCCUCUCGUGUGUCUUGCGUGGGGGUUGGAGAAGCAGGAGUGGACAGGCAGACAGGGGAGCCAAGUGGUGUGUGUGAAGUACGCCUCCAUUCUUGAAGGAGCCAUCGCUGGCAAUGUUGCAUUCAUGUCAUGUGCAGGGGUAUGUAUGUUUUCGGUUGAGGUGUGAUACAUGCACACACAUAGUUGGUGAAACGCACGGGGGGACACACGUACGCACUCACACACGGAACAAACGCAUUGAAACACCCGUACACAGUCUGGAAAAACAUACACAGAAAAACACCCGUACACACUCAAACGUCAAAAAACACUCGCUCAAACACAGAAACAUACAUACAAAUACUCAUAAGAAACAUACUCAAAUACACUUGCUAAAACACACGACGCGCCUACUGGUUUACUGGGAUAUAGACUGGAAUUUUGCUGUUUACUGUAUGCCUGUUCACUGUGUAUCCUGUCCACGCUCUGUACAUUGCUGCUCUGUUAUGAACACAGUCCAGUUAUUAAGUGAGACUGAUGUAGUCAUUGGGUAUUAACUAACAUGUAUCACACAUCCUUGCCUGUACGAUAAUGCAUUUCUUUAUUGAAUGAAAUUAAAUACAUAAAUAAUUAGAA